UCCACCUCCGCCUCCGCCUCCGCGAGGCCAAAGAGCGCCAGUCGCCCCUCCAGGCCCGUGCGGGGCGAAGCCGCAGCCCCCGGGCGGCGAUCCCGGGCGGCUCGGGGCCCGGGCGGGAGGCCGGAGGCGCGGCCGGCAUGGAGGCGCUGCUGCUGGGCGUGGGGUUGCUGCUGGGCGCCUACGUGCUUGUCUACUACAACCUGGUGAAGGCCCCGCCGUGCCGCGGCAUCGCCAGCCUGCGGGGCCGCACGGCCGUGGUCACGGGCGCCAACAGCGGCAUCGGGAAGAUGACGGCGCUGGAGCUGGCGCGCCGGGGAGCGCGCGUGGUGCUGGCCUGCCGGAGCCGCGAGCGCGGGGAGGCGGCCGCCUUCGACAUCCGCCAGGAGAGUGGAAACAAUGAGGUCAUCUUCAUGGCCUUGGACUUGGCCAGUCUGGCCUCCGUGAGGGCCUUUGCCACUGCCUUCCUGAGCUCUGAGCCACGGCUGGACAUCCUCAUCCACAAUGCCGGGAUCAGUUCCUGCGGCCGGACCCGGGAGCCCUUUAACCUGCUGUUGCGAGUGAACCACAUCGGCCCCUUCCUGCUGACACACCUGCUGCUGCCCCGGCUGAAGACAUGUACCCCCAGCCGCGUGGUGGUGGUAUCCUCAGCCGCCCACCGUCGAGGCCACCUCGACUUCACACGCCUGGACCGCCCAGUGGUGGGCUGGCAGCAGGAGUUGCGGGCAUAUGCCGACAGUAAGCUGGCCAACGUGUUGUUUGCCAGGGAGCUCGCCACUCAGCUUGAGGGCACUGGAAUCACCUGCUAUGCAGCCCACCCAGGGCCAGUGAACUCGGAGCUGUUCCUGCGUCACGUUCCUGGAUGGCUACGCCCACUUUUGCGCCCACUGGCUUGGCUAGUGCUGCGGGCACCUCGAGGGGGUGCCCAGACACCCCUGUACUGCGCUCUGCAGGAGGGCAUUGAGCCCCUCAGUGGGAGAUACUUUGCCAACUGCCAUGUGGAGGAGGUGCCCUCAGCCGCCAGAGACGACCGGGCAGCUCACCGGCUGUGGGAGGCCAGCAGAAGACUAGCAGGGCUUGGGCCUGAGGAGGAUGCCGAAUCCGAUGAAGACCCCCAGCCUGAGGACCCAGGGGCCCCAUCUUCUCCAAGCAGCCCCCACCCUGAGGAGCCCACGGCUUGCGAACUCUACCCCAGCCCUCAGGGUUCACCAGACUUGUCUAAGAUCACACGCCGAAUUCCGGUUAAAGCUGAGCCUGAGCUCCAAGCCUCCUAACCUCCAGGCUGGGAAGCUUUCCAGGGCAUUGGGUGGGCCCUGAAAACCUUAGCGGCGGGCCUGGCCACGCACUGGGCAUUGAGAGGGUUGCAAUUUUUACCCUCAUGGUUACUUUCUGGGGCUUCAGGGUAUAUCCUGGACAGCUCGUUUCCUGGUGGAAGGAAAUAAAGGGUGAUUAUUUCUUCCUGAGAGUGAUAGUAACCCCAGAUUGAGAGGUGGGGCGUAGUGUGCCAGACGAGGCUCCUCAGGAACUUGAAUUUCGUAUAUUUUCCAGGCCCUACCCUCAGGAA